AUGAACCUUACGUCUAUCACGUUAAAGAUGAUGAAAAUAAACGUCGAAGUUGUUCACGUGGUGGUAAUUAUUAUAACCGCUGUUAUAGCGGUCUGUAGUGCUGCAAAGCUCGACCGAAGCUAUCUGCCACCAGCAUCAGCAAAAACAGCUGGGGGAACAUCAGAAAUACUUCAAACUCCAAAAGGUUCCACCUUCCUACCAGUAGGGAGCUAUGAAAACGAACACCAAGGUGUGGUGGUUGAUGCUGCACUCAACACAAGAGCUUCAAACAUUGUACAAUCUGGUUUAGGAGCGCCUAGAAUUACCUACGGAUCCACGGAUUCAAGGGUGGGAGAAGCUGCCUUCAGGGAUAAACAUCUUCAGGGCGCUCCAAGUUUUUUGCCACCAGGUUUUGAUGGAUUUGUUCAAAGACCUGAAAGGAUACAAGCCAAUCGCGACAGGUUAUCAAAUACAAUAAGACUGGAAAACAAUAUCGGUCCCAACAUGUAUAAUUAUCUUUUUGAAACCGAAAAUGGGAUCCGAGCUGGACAGAAAGCGGUGUCUGUUAAUGGAAUAAGGGCGGAAGGGGGUUAUUCUUACACGGGUGAUGAUGGACUAGUCUACACAGUGACGUACACCGCUGAUGAAGAUGGAUAUCAGCCCAAGGGGUCGCAUUUACCAACACCUCCACCGAUUCCAGUGGAAAUUCUGAAAGCUCUGGAGCAGAAUGCAAAGGACGAAGCUGCUGGCGUUGUUGAUGAUGGCUCGUAUGACGCGAAGAAAUACAAUAGCGAGGGCGAUUAUUCAGACAACGGCGAUAAUGACAAAUAUAAUGACAGACAAUCAAAUACAUUCGCGAAUCGACCUGAAUUUGAUGCUCAAUCAAGUGGCUCCUUUAAUCAGAAUCAAGCUUUGAGUCCAAACGCUAACGACCAGUCAGGCUUUGUUGGUAAUUUUAAAGAUCAACCGUCGCAAUUCAACAUUCAAACACCAGAUGCUGCUGCUGGGUUUUCUGGCAAUCAACCGAAUGAGGCAUCUAACCAAGGUUUUAUAGCUCAUCCCAGUAGUUCUAACUCACCCACAAGCGAUAGAUUUGGACAAAGCUCAAAACCAGAGCAAAAGGCAAGGAAUACUUGCCCCCGAAUUAUCAACCGUUUAGUCAGCAAGGUUUAA